UACUAAGACCCUACAGAGUGAAGAAGUGUUGCUUGAGGAAGUAGAUUUUUGCGCUAAAAGUGAAGUUAGAGAAGUAGUUUGCUUGCUGAAAUACCAAAUAAUAAUUUCAAAGUAAAUCUACAGGUGAAAUAGCCGUCGAUCCGACAGUGAGCCGCCAUACCUGCGAGGAAUAAGGGAUUAUCGAAGAAAACUAUAAAAUGUGAGUAAAUAGUAGAAAUUACUGAAAAGAACAAUUAUAACAAUGUGAAUUUGUUUAUUCCUUUUGAUUAUUUUGAACAUAAAUAUAGUUUCAAGCUGUUGCAAAGUAAAUUGCCUGCUUUGAGAAUUGGUUUUCAUUAGGGUGGUCCAUAAAGGAACAAUCUUGAAAAUUUUAUAAAGUUCCGACCAAACCCAAAAAUGCAAAGUCCUGAUAAGACAGGUUUUAAUUGCGCGGCUUGCGACCGUCCUGAUAACGAGGAGUCGCAAAUGGUAUUUUGUGACCACUGCCAGCGGUGGUAUCACUUCGGCUGUGUUGGCGUGACAGCUGAUGUCAAGGACGUUUCGUGGUGCUGUCAGAAGUGCGUCGGAAGUGCAAGUAAAGGUGUUGUUCCUGCUGAUGUGCAAGAGGGGCUGAAAGAGCUCGAAGCGGAGAAGGCGAAGCAGAAGCGGGAAAUGGAGAAGGAGAAGAUUUUGCACCGGAAGCGUCUGGAGAUGAAGCAGGAGCUGUUCGAGAUGCGCCAGCAGCUGGAGAAAGAGAAGCGGGAGAUGGAACUCGAGUUCGAACAGGCGCAAAUGGCGAAGAAGCUCGCGGAAGAAGAAGCCCAUCAGAGGAAACUCGACAAAAUGCGGACGGAAAUGGAGGAGAAGCUGAAGCAGUUAAAGCUGAAGCGGAAUUCAGGAGCGGCCGAUGGUGAAAAGGAGCUGGAUCAAGCUGUCGGAGGCGGUAAAGUGGGAAGCUCGAAAAGCGGAACAAAGAAGAAGACGGAAUCGGAGCAGACGAAGCCGGGGAAAGGACUCGAGAAGCAAAAGUCGAGGAAUGGAAAGCCUGGAAAAGCGGAUGCGACGGUAGCGGACUUCGAAGAUCCGAGAGGAGCGUACCAGAAGCACUCGACUCCGAAAGUUUGUCGGAAACUGACACUGAAGCCGGUUGGUGGUCCAUCCAGUCUGCCGGAGAGUUUUUUGAUCGGGCGUGGCGGAGAUUCGACGCCACUCGGACGACCAGGGGUUCCCAAACCUGAGAAGGUGAAAACAGCAAAGAAGAUGAAGAAAGUGGUGGAAGUUAUUGAGUCGGAAAGCGCGAGUUCCGAGGAAGAAGAAGAGUCCGCUGAAGAGGUGGAAAGCUGCGAAGAAGAAGAAGAAGAUAGUUCCAGCGAGGAAGAGGAGAGCUCCGCAGAGGAGGAAGAGAGCAGCGAAGAAAGUUCGGAAAGUUCCGAAGAAGAGAAACAGGAAGAGAAGCCUCGUCGGAAAAGCGGAAAAGAGAAGGAUGGGCGGAAGAAUCGGCAGCGAGAACCGACGAAGGCGCAGAUGUCCGCUCGGCAAUUCCUGUCCAGGAAGUUGCCAACGUUUUCUGGCAGGAUGGAAGAAUGGCCGAUGUUCAUCAGCAGCUACGAGACGUCGACGAAGGCGUGCGGCUUUUCCGACGUGGAGAAUUUGGCGCGGCUACAGGAGUGCCUGAAAGGAGAGGCCCUGGAGGCGGUAAGGAGCAGACUGCUUCUGCCGAAAUCCGUCCCAAAGAUUGUGGAGACACUGCGCAUGCUGUACGGCAGGCCAGAGCGACUGCUCAAUAUGCUGUUGGCGAAGGUGCGCAAUGCAGCGCCACCGAAAGCGGAUCGGCUGGCGAGUUUCAUUAGCUUUGGAGUGGUAGUGCAGCAGCUUGCCGAUCACCUAGAAGCGACCGGACUAACGACACACUUGGUCAACCCGAUGCUGAUCCAGGAGCUGACGGAGAAGCUACCGACUGGCACCCAGCUGGAAUGGGUACGAUAUCGCAGGAAGACCAAAGUGGUGACGCUGAGGACGUUAUCAAACUUCCUGUCAAGCAUCGUGAAGGACGCUAGCGAAGUAGCAGCGUAUGGAGAAGGUACCCCCCGUUCCGGAGAAUCCGGAUCGAAGAAAGGAUCGAGAAGCAGAGCGCACGACGGCUACGUGCACUCGCACGACGUGGAAGAGAAUAGGAGUUCGAGUCCACCCAGGAGGGAGAGGAAGCCCUGCCGGAUUUGUGGCAGAGUGGAUCACCGGAUCCGGAACUGCGAGAAGUUUCGGAGGCUCCAACUCGGAGAGCGAUGGGAAGCGGUACGCAGAUGGAAGUUAUGCCAACUGUGCCUGAACGAGCACGGUACCGCCGGCUGCAAGCUAAGCUUCCGCUGCAACGUCGAAGGCUGUAAGGAGCGUCACAACCCGCUGCUCCAUUUUGUCAGGCCAGCCACAGGGCUAAACUGCAACCUUCACUCCGCGCAGCCAAAACAAACCGUGAUCUUCCGGAUGAUGCCCGUCACGUUGCAUUGUGGCAAACACUCCGUGAACACUAUCGCGUUUCUGGAUGAAGGAUCGUCGUACACACUGGUCGAACGGGCACUGGUGAACCGUUUAGAAGUCCGAGGCGCGACACAGCCCUUGCGUGUAACUUGGACCGCAGGAGUUUCCCGGAUCGAGAAAGACUCGCAGUGCGUUAGUCUCUUCAUCUCGGCGAGAGGAUCCGCACAACGUUUCCAAAUAAAGAGCGCUCACACAGUGGAGAGUUUAAAGCUUCCACAACACACGGUAGCCAUUUCGGAAGUGGUGAGGCAAUAUGCGCAUCUCCAAGGCCUACCGAUCACCGACAUCCAGCAUGCCGCUCCACAGAUUUUGAUCGGGCUGAAGGAUAUUCACCUUUACGCGCCGUUGGAAUCGCGAAUCGGCCGACCGGAAGAGCCGAUAGCAGUAAGGUCGAAGCUAGGCUGGACCGCAUACGGGCCGACGGGACCGGGAAACGUGACUAGCGGAAUGGUCGCGCAUCAUUCGUGCAGCCCGGUGUCCAAUCAGGAGCUUCAUGAUCUCCUGAAGAGUCAUUACACGCUGGAGGAAUCCGGCAUUUCCAUCGCCUUGCUUCCGGAGCCGGAAGAAGACAGAAGAGCGAAGGAGAUUUUGAAGAAGACGACGAGGAGGAUCGGCGAUCGUUUCGAGACGGGUUUGCUGUGGAAGGACGACAACAUCGAAUUUCCCGACAGCUACCCUAUGGCGGUGAAGCGGCUGAUGUGUUUGGAGAAACGCCUGCGGAAGGAUCCCGAGCUGUAUGUCAAAGUCCGUACCAUGAUCGCCGACUAUCUCGUGAAAGGCUACGCACACGAAGCGUCGGAGUCGGAGCUGCUAGCGCUGGACUGCAGCAAGGUGUGA